AUGGUUGUGCUUGAUCUUUACUGCUAUCCCGAAAUCAUCCGUGCUUGUCCUGUGCUGGAAGAGUUAACCUUACGCCAUGGGGAUUUUCCAGAAAUGCCGCCCAUUUGGGUUGGUGCCUUUGUGGAACAUGCAUCGAUCCAACGUCUUGUCAUUGUUACGGAUCUUCCUGAUUAUGCGGACUACUAUCUCUCGAGUAUGAGGUUGUUGAUUUGGCUUCUCUUGUCGAAGCAAGGCUGA